AUGGAGGAUCUACUCGACGCUGAUCCUGUUAAUAGGGACAGCCAAGCUACCAGUAAAACGAGCGAGUUGUUUAAAAAAUCAUUGGGCCUUGUGGUAGUCUUGUGUUUUGCCGUCAGUUUCAAAUCAGGUCAAAGUCAGCGUGUCCUUGAUGCAGUAAACCAUGCUGAAAUCAAGAGCACAAAUCAAAUUCGUCUGGAAACUAGACGCUAUCAGCUCGGAAAUCUCACCAAGCGACCACACAUUGGCAUUAUCGAGGUACACCCCAAUGGCAAUUUUUCCAUCAUCAACAGUCCAGAAAAGGGUUUUGUUCAUCACGAGUUCCUUGAUUGUCUUAAAACGCGUCUACGAAGUGCAGUUGAGGCCUAUGGUGAAUUUCAGGAAGGUCGAUCAUCAUUAUUCUUUGAUUUCGACGCGGUCGAUUUUCCAGCCACGGAAGGCUAUUACAAACACCUAAGCUGUGACUACCUGAACAAAGUAGCCUGCUGCUACACAAAUUUGACCAUGAUUGGUAUAGCUAACAAUCCGUGUUGCAACUGCUCCCUUCCUUUGCCUAUACAUCCAAACCAACGGGAAGAGGACUUGGACAAUGCCUUGGCAUUUCAAGAUCCGUUCAAUUGGACCAGGAAAAUGGACAAGGCGGUUUGGCAUGGUGCCCCCCACGGACACCAUGAGCAUGCUGCUUGGUUAUCUCAAGAGUACCACCUACCUGUACCGUACAAGCCGGGCGUUGAGACACCUAGGCGGCGAAUUGUACAGUGGGCAACUCGCAGCGAGGCACAAGGCCUACUAGAUGCUUCGUUCAGCAAAAUUGAAUGGAAAGAAAUUUUGAAAUACAAGUACCUUGUCACUGUGUCUGGGAACUCGUAUGCUGGGGCACUGAAGCCGGCGCUGCUGAGUAAUUCAUGUGUACUCAGGCAGGAUACAAUAGCAAGAGAAUGGUUCGAAGACGAACUUGAAGAAUGGGUGCAUUUUGUUCCAGUGAAAUAUGACCUCAGCGACUUAUUUGAAAAAAUAGAGUGGGCAAAAGAGCAUGACUCCGAGUGCGAGGCAAUUGCAAAGAACGGUCGAACAUUUGCCUUGAAGCAUUUUGAAAAGGGUGCUGUGGAUAAGUUUUUGCAUUCGGCAAUACAGAAAACAAAGAAAUGA